AUGCUCUCCACGUCAACGCUGACACACCUCGCCGUCGCCGCCGCGGUCGUCUACCGCUUCCUUGGAGUCUGGGACCUCCUGGCGCCGGGGAGCGCGGCGCGCGUCUUCCUCGGCCUGCGGUCGCCGUCGCCAAAGGACACUGACGACGACGCCCAGUCCGACGCCAUCCCGACCCUCGUGCCCAUGCUCGGCGCGCGCGACGUCACUGUCGGUGCUGCGAUCCUCUGGCUCGCCCACGAGGCCGAGACACACGCGCUUGGCGUCGUCGUGCUCUCUGCCUCGGCGCUCAACUUUGUCGACGCUUGGGCUGUCGCCAGGCGGCGCGGCGCGGUGCUAGGCGCCGCCCCCGCGCUCUUCUCCCUCGCGUUUGUCGGCCUCGGAUACGGCCUGCUGGUUGGCCGCGGCUGA